AUGGACUUGUCUGGCAAGCCCAUCCCGCGUGACCCGUGGUCCUCCAUCUCCACCGAAGAACUCCUCUCUGAACUAUCGAAGCGGCAACAUGGCGGCCCUGCUAUGGACGGUCCGAAACCCCACUGCGGGAGCACCAUGGAUAUGGGAUCCUACAACACCCCGCUCCAUGUUGGUGCAUUGUUCCUGAUUCUCGUACUCAGCACCACGGCAUGCGGCCUACCUCUCAUGACGAAUCGGUCCAAUAAAUCCGGAUUCCGAAGAAAGUUCCUCUUCUACUGCCAGCAUCUCGGCACUGGCGUGCUCCUGGCCACCUCCUUCAUACACCUUCUUCCCAUGGCCUUCAUGUCCUUGACGAAUCCGUGCCUCCCCGACUUCUUCAGCAGGAAAUACACGCCAAUGGCAGGCCUUAUCGCAAUGAUCGCCAUUCUCUCCGUCGUGACCCUCGAGUCGUAUCUUACUGGCAGGGGUGCCGGUCACGUCCAUUCCCCCGACCUGUGGGAGUCGGAUGACGAAGAGGAAAAGAUCCCCAUCCAUACCAUUACUCCCUCCGAAAGCACCUUAGCGGCAAGGAGACACCAAUACCCUUCCGCCAUAGACCUUCGAGACCUCGAAGCAACCGAAGGCCUCGUCGAUGGCAUUUCCCCUCGGCCGGGACAGACCCCCCUGCCGGACGCGACGCCGCCCACAAACUCCGCGGCACGCGACUCGACUGAUGCCGACUCAGACAUGGACCUCGCCCUCGAUGUCGACGAACUCGACCCUCAACCCCUCGACGACGAAACCCACAAACCCCUCAACGGCCAAGCCACCACCGGCCGUCCCCGCGCCGACACAGAUCCCCACAUACACAUCCCCACGCCUGACGAGCAGAAGAAACUCUUCCUCCAGUGCCUCCUCCUCGAGGCCGGCAUCCUCUUCCACAGCAUCUUCAUCGGCAUGGCCCUCUCCGUCGAGUCCGGUCCCACCUUCCUCGUCUUCCUCUUCGCCAUCGCCAUCCACCAGUCCUUCGAGGGUCUUGCCCUCGGCAGCCGCAUCGCCGCCAUCCACUUCCCGAGGACCUCGUUGCGCCCCUGGCUUAUGGUCCUCGCCUUCGGCAUGACGACGCCCGUGGGCCAGGCCGUCGGUUUGAUCAUCCACAACAUGUACGACCCGCAGAGCGAGGCGGGCCUGCUAACUGUGGGCAUUAUGAAUGCCAUCUCCGCGGGUCUGCUGCUCUUUGCCGGCCUCGUGCAGUUACUUGCUGAGGAUUUCUUGAGCGAGAAGAGUUAUAGGACGUUGAAGGGGACGAGGAGGCGGAAGGCGUUUGCGUCGGUUGUGGGUGGGGCGUUGCUUAUGGCUGCUGUGAGGAUGAUUGCGUAA